AUGUACUCGUCACUUUCUAUCUCUCCAUUCCUUUCGCCUUCUCCUCUCUCACACUCGAAGAACCUCUUCUUCGACUCGGCUGCCUCCGUCCGCUACCUCAGCUUCUCCGCCGCCCAACAGAACCUCGGCUUCACCGCCUCUCUACACUCUGGCCUCCUCAAAUCCGGCUUCCACUCCAACCUCUUCGUCGCCAACUCCCUCCUCGACGCAUACUCCAAAUGUGGCCGCAUGGACAGCGCGUUAAAGCUUUUCGACCGAAUGCCUCUAAGAGACGUCGUAUCCUGGACAGCCGUGAUCUCCGGACACUGCCAUACCGGAGCGGCUGCCGCUGCCAUCCUUGUCUUCUUGAACAUGUUAACGGAGGAAACAGCACCUCCUCCCAAUGAGUUCACUGUUUCUGCUGUCUUACGGGCAUGUGGGAUGCUGAGGGAUGAGAAGAUGGGGAGGAUGGUGCAUGGGCACCUGGUCGCCGCUGGGUUUUCCCAUGAUGCGUUCGUCUCUAAUUCCUUGAUCGAUAUGUGUGGGAAGGUAGGAUCAAUCGUGGAUGCUGAGAAGCUUGUCAGUAGGUUGAGCUGUAGGGAUGUGGUUUCUUGGAGUGCCAUCAUAUCAGGCUCUGUCCUCCAUGGGAUGUUCGACAAGGCACUGAUUCUGUUCACCCGAAUGCUGGAAGAUGGGAUUCUGCCGAACACGGCGACGAUGUUGAGCAUCACCCAGGCCUGCUCGCUAAUGGGGGAACCGAGCCUGUUUGCUUGUGUUCAUGCUUGGCUUGUAAAGUUGGAGCUGCAUGACUGUGUUCCCGUCGUGAAGUCUCUCGUGAUGAUGUACGCAAAAAAUGGAUUUUUGGACGAGGCAAUCGAGGCUUUCCUCCAAUUUGAUUUCCCGGAGUGCCAUGAUCCCGAUCUCAUCGCGGCCCUCAUCCAUGGUUGCGCCCUGUCGGGAUCUUUGGAGCAUGGCAAGGUGAUUCAUGGGUGCUCGAUCAAGAUGGGCUUCUUUCCGUGCACCAUAGUCGAGAACUCCCUCCUUGAUCUGUAUGCAAAGCAUCGGUACGUCGACUCAGCACAUUUGAUCUUCAAAAGAAUGGGGAACAGAGACAUAGUCUCUUGGAACUCCAUGAUCUCAUGUUUUGCGAAGAACGACCGCGUGGAGGAAGCCCUGCAGCACCUCGGUCAAGUUCAUGACGCAAGUGGAGGUGAGCUAAAGCUGGACUUCGUCACGGUACUCAGCUCCGUACAAGCCUGCUCCACCAUAUCCUCGCUGGAGCGAGGACAGAUACUGCAUGGUUUUGUGAUCAAAGCAGGCUUUGAUUCCGAUUCCUUUGUCUGCAAUGCUCUGAUCGACAUGUAUGGGAAGUCGGGAAGGGUUGGUUUGGCGGAACAGUUAUUCCAGGAGAUGGAGGACACAAGAGACGUGGGUUCUUGGAACUCGUUGAUCGCAGCCUACGGGAUCCAUGGUGAUGGUGAUUCGGCCUUACGAGUUUUCGAGGAGCUGAGGUCCGGAGGAAGGCGUAAUCCGAAUGCUGUAUCCUUUGUCAAUGUCAUUUCAGCGUGUGGUCACUCUGGGCUGACAAUGGAAGGCUACGAGUGCUUCAAGAGAAUGCAAAGAGACUACGGCUUCGAGCCGGCCAUGGAGCACUACGCAGCAAUGGUGGAUCUUUUGGGGAGAUCCGGAAAGCUUGGUGAAGCAGAGGAAUUUAUCAGAGCGAUGCCCAUCAAACCUGGUCCAUCCAUUUGGGGGUCUUUACUGGGUGCUUGCAGGCUUCAUGGGAGCGUGGAGAUUGCAGAAAGAGCAGCGGCGGAGCUAUCUGUGAUGGAACCGGAUUGUGGUGUCUGGAGAGUGACACUGUCGAACGUAUAUGCAUCUGCUGGACUAUGGGAAGAAGCUGCAGAGGUGAGAGCUGAGAUGAGAAGGAAGGGAUCAAGAAAAGAGGCAGGCUGGAGCUACGUUGAAUCGAGGGCGAUGGAUAAGUUCAAGUUCGUGGUGGGAGACACAAGGCAUCCUGAAACUGAUACGAUCUAUGAAGUAUGGAGAAGUAUCAAUGAGCAUCUUGCUGAUGCUUUUGUCGAGUCAUUUUGA